UGACUCUCGGCGCGCACUGUUUUAAUCAGACCGGUGCAGCCUCGAGCUGGAGUGGCCAGCUGGGCCUGGAGCAAUGCGAGCGGGCCCCAGGGAGCAGCGGCGGCGGCGCGGCGGCCGAGUGAAAACACAGAGACCCCCAAAAGGAAAGCAGAGGAGAGAGAGAGAGACCCACACCCAGACCCCGCGAGAAGAGAUGACCAUGACCACCAUGCCAGAAAGUCUCAACAGCCCCGUGUCGGGGAAGGCGGUGUUUAUGGAGUUUGGGCCGCCCAACCAGCAAAUGUCUCCUUCUCCCAUGUCCCACGGGCACUACUCCAUGCACUGUUUACACUCGGCAGGCCAUUCGCAGCCCGACGGCGCCUACAGCUCGGCCUCGUCUUUCUCCCGACCGCUGGGCUACCCCUACGUCAACUCGGUCAGCAGCCACGCGUCCAGCCCCUACAUCAGUUCGGUGCAGUCCUACCCGGGCAGCGCCAGCCUCGCCCAGAGUCGCCUGGAGGACCCAGGUCAAAAUCUGGUUCCAGAACAAGCGCUCCAAGUUCAAGAAGCUGAUGAAGCAGGGUGGGGCGGCUCUGGAGGGUAA